GGCGUCAUGGGGGCUGGGGAGGAUGGCGAGCUAGGAAAAAGGUUGAUGUGUGCAAACGCCUUGUGCCAAACGCAGGUCCGCCGAGUGGAUUGUGGAGUCGCUUGCUGGGCUGGGACCUGGUCCGUCCGCGCGCAUACGGUAGGUAUCGGUAUGUCUGUUGCUCUCUCGUGUCGAGGGGGGGAGGGAUUUCUCAAAUCACGGCCUAACAGUGCGUUUUUUCCCGCUUCCGGCAUCGAUGCCGUCCAGAGGCACAACUCACGAGGUCAGGGGCAAUGGCGUGCCCUGAGAUCAGUACAGAUACACGCUGUCUACAUUCAAGGAUCCACUCAUCCAGCUCUGCACCAGCUUGAGCUGACCGAAGUUGAGUGUUACGGUGUACAAGGGAGAUAUAGACUGAUUGACUGCAAGAGGCUCCCGUCACAGCCAAAAGCCAAAAGCCGACAAACACAAAAGUUUCCGGUCGCAGUGGACAGCUGUCGCACUCAGCGACCCCAGCUGCCCCGGCUGUCCAUCCAGCCUUAUGACAAAGCUGGGGGGAGCAUGGACCACCAGAUGGCGGAGCGCAAAAUAUAAGCUUCCGAACUGGCCAUUGAUUGGCUGACCCGCUGACUAACAUCAGCCUUGGCCUCUCCCGGCCCUUGUCCCAGACAAGCCCAAGGCCAAGCCUGGGCGAGGCAGGCAGGCAGGCAGAGCUCCUGACGUGGACUGGACUCCAACCUGGAAAGCGCCGCUGCCAAACAACAAGCUCCAAGCAACGAAGCUUCAACAACACCACAUUCUCAACACCACAUCAUCCAUCUCGACUCUUAGCGCGCAGCUUACUUUCGAGUCUUGAUCUGCGAAAUCCUCGCUGAGAUAUUGAAAUACAAUCACUACCCCGCCCCCCCCCCCUCGACAUCGAAGCGCAUCGAACACAAUGCCAGGCCUCGUUACAGCCAGCGGAGUGUUGGCUUUUCUCACUGACGAGGAGCCCGAGCUCAAGGUCUUCGCCCUCAAGACUCUCAACGACGACAUCGACACUGUUUGGACCGAGGUUGCCAGUUCGUUGAGUCAAAUUGAGGCCCUUUACGAGGACGAGUCCUUCCCCGAGCGUCGCCUCGCUGCCCUCGUUUUGGCCAAGGUUUAUUUCCAUCUCCAGGCUUAUAAUGAGAGCAUGACUUUUGCCUUGGCCGCCGGGCCCCUGUUCAACUUCGAUGCUCCUGGCGAGUUCGAGGAGACUAUCCUCUCCAAGUGCGUCGAUCAGUACAUUGCCGUCUCGUCGGCCCGCCAUGUCCCUUCGAAACAGAGCAAGGCCAACAUCUCUCUAGAAACCACCUUUGGCACUGGUUCCAUCGACGGCUCUGCCUUGAUCUCGCCAACCACGCCCUUCUCCCAGUCGACCUUGCCACCCAAGUCUUUCCUCUCGCGUGCCUCGACCGACAACACUAUCCUGGACCCCACUUUCCAGCCAACCAAGGAGGGGCGCUCCAACUCGGUCGUCCAAAUCACCGACAGCAGCACCCAAAAAGCCCUUCAAAAUGUCAUCGAGCGUCUCUUUGAGAGCUGCUUGAAGCAGGGAAAAUACAGACAGGUUGUUGGUAUCGCUGUGGAGGCCAAGAACCUCGAGGUUCUCCGCAGGGUCAUCAAGCGGGCCAGCGAGGAGGGCAAGCAGUCCAAGGAUAGCACACAGAGCCCAGCCGAGGAGCUCAUGGACUAUCUUCUCAAGAUCUCCAUGGACAUUGUCCAGGAGCGUGGCCUGAGAACCGAGAUCCUGCGCCUGAUCCUGGAUCUUCUUAGCGAGAUCCCUAACCCAGACUAUUUUGCCAUCGCCAAGUGUGUGGUUCACCUUGACUCGGACGAGGAGGCCGACAAGAUGAUUAGGCAACUAGUAACCAAGGGCGACCCGAAUUCGAUUGCUAUUGCUUAUCAAAUCGCAUUUGAUCUUUACGACAACGCCACCCAGGAGUUCUUGGGCAAGGUGCUCAAGUCUCUUCCGUCCGGCAGAGCGCCCGAGCCCCCAGCGACUGCGACCGAGGAUGGCCCUGCCGAAGAAGAGGCUCUACUCGAGAGCCAAGAAGGCUCGGAAGAGGAGCAACUCUCCGAGGAGACGGCCAAGGUUUACAGGAAUAUUCGUUCCAUCCUCGAUGGCAGCAAGGCGAUCAAGCUCAACCUCGAAUUCCUCUAUCGCAAUAACCACACAGACAUCUCCAUUCUGAACAAGGUCCGGGACAGCCUGGAAGGUCGUAACUCCAUCUUCCACACGGCUGUGACUUUCUGCAAUGCUUUCAUGAAUGCCGGCACCACCAACGACAAAUUCUUCCGUGACAACCUGGACUGGCUUGGCAAGGCCAUCAACUGGUCCAAGUUCACUGCUACGGCUGCUCUCGGUGUCAUUCACCGCGGCAACAUCACCCAGUCCCGCAAGCUGCUGGAGCCCUAUCUUCCUAAGCAGACUGGAGUCAGCAGCGGUGGCUCCAUCUUUAGCCAGGGCGGCGCUCUUUACGCCUAUGGUCUCAUCCACGCCAACCAUGGCGCUGAUGCUCUUGAAUAUCUGCGUGGCCAGUUCAACGGUGCCGAGGAAGAAGUCAUCCAGCACGGCGGUGCCUUGGGUCUUGGCAUCGCUGGCAUGGCCACGGGUGACGAGCAGAUCUUUGAGGAUCUUACCAAGGUCCUCUUUGCCGAUUCUGCCCUCAACGGUGAGGCUGUUGGGUUGGCCAUGGGCUUGAUCAUGUUGGGCACCGGAAACGCCAAGGCCGUGGAGACCAUGUUUACCUAUGCCCACGAAACCACCCACGAGAAGAUUGUCCGCGGUCUUGCUCUAGGCAUGGCCCUCAUCAUGUUUGGGCAACAGGAAAAUGCCGAUGUCAUGAUUGAGGGCCUUCUUGCCGACCCCGACCCGACGCUGCGCUAUGGAGGUGUGCUCACGGUUGCCAUGGCCUACUGCGGUACUGGAAGCAACAAGGCCAUUCGCAAGCUCCUUCACCUUGCUGUCAGCGACGUGAACGACGAUGUGCGUCGUAUCGCCGUCAUGUCUCUUGGUUUCAUCCUCUUCCGCAAGCCCGGAAGUGUUCCCCGGAUGGUGGAGCUCCUUGCUGAAUCCUACAACCCUCACGUCCGGUACGGCUCCGCCAUGGCUCUGGGUAUCUCAUGCGCCGGCACCGGUCUGGAUGAGGCCAUCGACCUGCUCGAGCCCAUGAUGAAGGAUCCUACCGACUUUGUCCGCCAGGGCGCCCUGAUCGCCUUGUCCAUGAUCAUGAUUCAGCAGAACGAGGUCAUGAACCCCAAGGUUGCCGCCAUCAGAAAGACUCUCAAGAAGGUUGUUGGCGAUCGUCAUGAGGAUGCCAUGACCAAGUUUGGUGCCGCCGUUGCCAUGGGUAUUCUGGAUGCUGGCGGCCGCAACUGCUCGGUUGGUCUCCAGACUCAGACUGGCAACCUCAACAUGCCCGGCAUUGUGGGCAUGGCCGUCUUCACGCAGUACUGGUACUGGUUCCCCUUCACCCACUUCCUGUCGCUGAGCUUUGUGCCCACCUCCAUCAUAGGACUUGAUCACGACCUCGAGAUCCCCAGCUUCAAAUUUCACUGCAACACUCGCCCGAGCCUGUUUGACUAUCCCCCAGAGCAAGAAGUCAAGACCGAGGAGGGGCCGGCGCUCAUUGCAACUGCCAUCUUGUCCACCACAGCACAGGCCAAGCGUCGCGCUCAGAAGAAGGAGCGUGCCCAGCGUCGUGAGAGCAUGGAUAUUGAUACUCCUACCCUUGCCAAGACUCCUGCCCCCGCCGCUGGAGACAAGAUGGAUGUGGACGAGGACAAGAAGGCCAAGACGGAGGAGCCCAAGGACAAGAAGGAGGAGACCGGGGCUGAGAGAGAAGGCUCGGUCGACUCCAAGAAGAAGGCGGAGAAGGAGAAGGUUGGCUACGAGGUUGAGAACAUGUCUCGUGUUCUUCCAGGCCAGUUCAAGUACAUCAGCUUCCCGACGGGACGUUACAAGCCCGUCAAGAAGCCUACCGGUGGCCCCCUCUUGCUCCACGACACGCAGCCCGACGAGCCCAAGACGUUGAUUGAGGAGAAGCUGAAGAAGGUGACGACCGAGAGAGCUCCCGUGGUUGGCGCGCAGGCCGGGCGAGGUGGUGUCCAGACGUCAGCCACGCAAUUGCUGCAGAGCAUGGAAGCUGCCCGUAGCCGGGCGGGAUUGGGCAGCGAGCUUAACGAGAUUCUCCGCCUUUCUGCCCAGGCUGCUCGGGAGAUACCGCAGGGACGUUCUUCCUCGACUGCUGGUGGCGACGGAAGCGGAGCGGCGGCAGCUGCGGGUGUGUUGACGGCUGUUGAUGAGGACAAUGAGGGUGAUGAGGAGGCGCCCAAGCCCGCGGACUUUGAGUACUUUACCGAUGCCGAGGAUGAGGAGUAG